AUGCCUAUGCAAAAAGAUCUCGAACAUAUUCACAACGAAAUCCAAGAAAUCUUGCGUGAAAGCAAGCAAUUGUCUCAUCGCAGAUACACUUCUAAUGAUAUCCAAGGCUUGCAAGAGCGUUUGCAAAAGAUUGAUGCUCAAUACAAGGAGGGUAUUAUUGACGAUCGCAACAAGCAGGAUCUCAAUGAUGAUGCCUAUGAGCAUCAAGGCCAAGGCCAAGUUGCUGAUGACAUUGCCAAGGUCCAUGAGACAUUGUCCAAAAUGCUCCAACGUGUAGCCGAAUAA